AUAAAAACCAAGCUCUAUUUAUAACUCCACUAAAAUAAAAUACCAGCCGGCGCUACACUAAAUAGGAAACAUCAUUCUAGUCAUACUACGUAUCUAGCACAACAUUCGUAUAUGCACCAUAUGUAAAAGUGACUUGAUAAGAUUUGUUUUGUUCGAGAUGAAGACGGUGCUUCAGAAUGUGUUGUGGCUCGUUUCAUUCGUCGCUUACCAAGAUUUCUGUCUGGCCAGUCAGAAUGUAACUAUAGGAGUACUUCUGAGUGAGGAAAAUCAUCAGUUCGAGGUUGCGUUGAAUUCCACAUUACACAAAAAGAACGCGGACAUUUUGAAGGACCUCUUCAAGAGCAAUGUUAAAAAUAUUUCCAAGGUCGACUCAUUCGAAGCCAGCAAAACUCUGUGUGGAAUGUUGAACGCCGGAAAUGGAGUGGCAGCAGUGAUAAGCUUCGAGUCGUUAACGUCAGCCGUACAAGAAUCGAUAUGCGAUCACUUUGAAGUGCCCUAUAUCAUGACCUCAUGGAGACCAUCGACCACAAGACGAACUAACAUGGUUGUAAAUUUUUUCCCAGAAGACCAACUCUACGCGCAAGCGCUCGCAGAAGUGGUAAAAAGUUUGCGGUGGAGCAGCGCCGUUAUUCUCUACGAAAGCGAGGAAGGGCUUUUGAGAAUGCGGGGAAUCCUUGAACUCCGGGAUUUCAAGCAUGACAGCGAGAAAAAUAACAUUCUGGUGAAACAGUUGGGUGCUGGGAAUGACCACAGAUCUUUGUUAAAAGAAAUUAAAAAUGGUUGGGGAGACAAUAUAAUUUUGGAUUGUAAAACAGAAAGAAUUAUACCGUUUCUAAAACAGGCUAAAGAUCAAAAUUUACUAAAUUCGCGUAAUAACUAUCUUUUGACGUCACUGGACGCACAUACUUUGAAUUAUGGAGAACUGGACACUGCAGCAAACAUAACUACCAUAAGGCUCUUCGAUUACAACCGUGAAGACUUUAAGAACAUCAUAACGGGGUCGAAAGACGGCCUUGAAAUGAAACAAAUCAAAACGGAAACAGUGCUUUUUUACGAUGCUCUGCAAUACAUCACCCAGUCUAUUACACACCAUUAUUACACCGAAAGGAAUAUAAAGACUAAUCCCAUCAGUUGUCAUGAAAAAAUAAUGUCCGAAUAUGGAUAUGCCUUUGCCGCUUACAUGAAAGAAAUCGAGCCUCCAUCAACAUUGUCUGGACCCAUAAAAUUCGACGACAAUGGAAAUCGCAUUAAUUUUAACAUGCAAGUGGUGGAUAUUCUUCAAGAUCGAAUAAUUGCCGACUGGUUUGCAAGUAACCAAUCGCUGCUUUUAAGGAGAUCUCCCACGGUGAGACAGUUCCUUGGAAAUCAAGGCAUUGUCAUUGUCUCAUCCAGGCUUGGUGAACCUUAUUUAAUGUAUAGAAAACCCAAAGAGGGUGAAAUAUUGUACGGAAACGACAGAUACGAAGGUUACUCGUUGGAUUUAAUAACAGAAAUAGCGAAAUUAAUCGGUUAUAAAUUUGAAUUUCGUUUAACUGCAGACGGGCAAUAUGGGCAAUGGAACGAAAGGAAUAAAAAAUGGUCGGGGCUUAUUGGAGAUAUUUUGGAGGAGAAAGCAGAUCUUGCCGUUUGCGAUCUAACGAUUACGCAUCAAAGAAGAGAAGUUGUUGACUUCAGUAUGCCGUUUAUGACACUAGGAAUAAGUAUUCUGUACACAAAGGCGGAAAUGAACGACGUCAAGUGGUUCUCCUUCGUAAAUCCGUUUUCGAUCUCCGUUUGGAUUUAUACAGCCGCAUUGUAUUUGAUCGUUUCCGUCGUAUUAUAUUUCAUAUCCAGGAUAACUCCUGGAGAUUGGGAAAACCCCUAUCCGAGCGAUGAUCAUCCGGAACAGCUGGAAAACAUAUGGGACAUCAAAAAUUGUCUGUGGUUAACUUUGGCGUCGCUAAUGACGCAAGGCUGCGACAUAUUGCCAAAGGGAACGUCAUCAAGGAUCGCGGUUACGAUGUGGUGGUUCUUCUCGUUGAUCCUGGUCAGCUCCUACAUAGCAAACUUGACGUUUUUUCUAGCUAUCGACAGACCAGAACCAGUCAUCGACGGAGCUGAGGCCCUUUCAGGACAGUCCAAGGUUAAGUACGGUGUAGUGAACGGAGGAUCGACAAUGGCCUUCUUCAGAGACUCCAAUUUCUCCACUUACCAGAGGAUGUGGGUAAACAUGAUUUCUAGUAAGCCUAGCGUCUUCGAAAAUAGUAACCAUGCUGGUGUGAGGAGGGUGCAAGCGUCGCGAGGGAAAUAUGCUUUUAUAAUGGAAUCUACUCAAAUCGAAUACGUUACACAAACCAACUGCGACUUGAAGCAGGUGGGAACUUUCUUGGAUACGAAGAGUUACGGUAUAGCUAUGCCGAUGAAUGCGCCUUAUAGAAGUGCUAUCAAUAAGGCCAUUUUGAAACUUCAUGAAAGUGGAAGGUUGAACGAUUUGAAAAAUAAGUGGUGGAAGGAAAACAGAAACGAACCCUCAUGUGAGAAC